AAUCUUGAAGAUGAAGACAAGUGCAACUUUCCCAAAUAGACUCCACCACAUUAUUAUUAUUAAACCACCCCUGAAUAGUAACAACAACAAUAAUAAUGCAGUUUCUUCUUGUCUUCACCAUCUUCAAUCCUUCAACUUUCUCAUGCUUCAAUCAAGAUCCCAUUUUUACACAAAACCCACAAGUUUUUUCCACUAAUGUCAUCAGAAAACCACCCCCAAAUCCAAUUCUUACACGACCAAGACGAAACACUGAGCAGUGAUCUAAACGGGUGUCUCGAAAGAUUGGAUUUUUACAUGUUAUUAUUGGGAUUCAACCAAUCUUCAGUUUUGCGAAUUGGGAUUACAUGGGUUACGUUUGUUCUGAUCGGAAUUGUGGUUCCUGUUGGGGUGGUGGUUCUAAUGCCCACCAACUGUUUGAAAUGUGACCUGUAUCAAGUUGAAGGCUUUGAGCUUGUUGUUGUGUCUUCACAUGCUUCUUUGGCUGCUUCUGCUCUGCUUUGCCUUUCACAUAAUCUUAGGAAAUAUGGGAUUAGAAAGUUUUUGUUUGUUGAUCAGUAUAAUGGCUAUGUUGAGAGAUUUUCAAGGGAGUAUGUUCACAAGAUUUCUGAAUCUAAGCGCGCACUAGUAUUGUGGUUUCUUCCAUGUCUUCUCUUAAAACUUUCUCGAGAAGUUAUCCGCAUGAUGUACAUGCGACACGAAUCAUGGUGGCGAUCUUGUGGCAUCUUGGUAACGUUGACUUUCUCAUGGACGUACGUGACGAUGAUCUUUCUAUCGUCAUGUUUAGUGUUCCAUCUGGUCUGCAAUUUACAAAUUAUCCACUUUGAUGAUUAUGGAAAUCUUUUGGAAAGAGAAACUGAUGUUUUAGUAUUCAUUGAAGAACAUGCACGAUUACGCCAUCAUCUAUCGAAAAUAAGCCACCGGUUUCGGAUUUAUCUUCUGCUUGUGUUCUUAGUAGUCACGUCGAGCCAGUUUGCUACUUUAUUCCAAAUCACAGAGUUUAGGGAUAAAGUUACGUUCGUAAAUGGUGGUGAUUUUGCGGUGUCGUCGAUUGCGCAAGUUAUGGGAGUAAUUUUUUGCUUAAAUGCUGCAGCGAAGAUUUCGCACAGGGCACAAGGAAUUGCAUCAUUAGCAAGUAGGUGGCAUGCUUUAGCUUCAUGUGAGGCGGAUGAUACGUCUCAAAUCGCGUUUUCCAAUAUAAACGGAAAUUUUGAUGCCGCAAGUACUUUGUUAAGAUCGGUUUCUCUAGAAAGUGAUACGGAAGCUACGAGUUAUAUUCCACUGCCAACAAAUGCACAACUCGCAUCUUAUUUUUCGUCUUAUCACAGGCGACAAGCAUUUCUUAUGUAUUUGCAGAAUAAUCCAGGUGGAAUUACUUUGUACGGUUGGACAGUUGACCGAAGUCUUAUAAACACGAUCUUCUUCAUCGAGUUGUCGCUUGUGCUCUUUGUACUUGGAAGAACAACCGUAUUUACCACAACCAAUUGAUUUUCUUUAUUUUUAUCCUGUAAUUUACAGUUAGUCUCAAGAUUUUUUUUUUUUUUUUUUUUUUUUUUUUUUUUUUUUUUUUUUUUUUUUUUUUGUGUCAUACCGAGCUCGGACUGUUUUAUCAGCAGGAUUUUGACCAUGAGAAUGCAAUUGGGGUCAACACAAGCCUGUCUUUUAUACAUGUAUAUGAGGAGGUAAAGCAGUUUAUAGUUU